CGACUGGCCAAGCUGCUCUUUGAGGGCACGCAGAUGGUGACAAAUAUCCAGGUGGCUGCAGACCUGAGGGAAACACAGAGGAGGGCAGAGGAGGCCAAGCUGAAGCUGCAGAGGGUGGAGAAGCUGGAGCGUGAAGCCAAGUCCAGCACGGAGAGGUUUGAGGAGAUCACCUCCAGAUGGGCCUCAGCCAAGGAGAUGAGGAUCCCUGAGGAGCUGUGGGAGCUGCUGGAUCAACAGCAGCAGCAGUGCACCUUGCUGCUGGAGGAGAAGAACAGGCUCAUCAGGGAGCUGCAGCAGGAGCUGAGGAGGAAAGAUGAGCAGUAUGAGGAGGCCAUCAGGCAACAGUCAGAGGAGAUCCACCUGCUUCUGGAGAGGAUGGAGGAGCAGAUCAGGCUCCUGCUGAGGACUUACCGCCACAGACUGCUGCAGAUUGAGAGAGAGUUUGAGCUGGAACGACAAGAGCUGCUGGAGACCAACAGGAAGAAGUGGGAUGAAGGAAUCCAGGCCCACAACGCCCAGGAGCUGGAGUACCUGCACGCUUGGCUGAGGAAGGUGGAGGAGAGUGAGAAGCAGCUGAAGCAGCUGAGGGUGCAGGACGAGCAGGAUUAUAACCACAUGAAGCUGCAGCUGGAGAAGGACGUGCAGAACCUGGAGAGGCAGCUCCAGCAGGUGAAGGCUGCCUACCAGCUGAACCAGGAGAAGCUGGAGUACAACCUCCAAGUGCUCAAGAAGCAGGAUGAGGAGAACACCAUCAUCAGAGCCCAGCAGAAGAGGAAGAUCAACAGGCUCCACAGCUUGCUCAAUGACCUGAGAUCCAAACUGGCCCACCAGGAGAAGCAGUUCAGAGAGGAGAGCCAGAGCCUGGCAGCCACCUGCCAGAGCAUCACAGGGCACUGCAAGGAGCUGCAGAGGAGGAUGAGGCACUUUGCCCUCAGGGAUGCUGAGAAGUUCUGGGAGCUCUGGCUCCUGAACGAGGAGGAAGCCAAAGGGUUGGUGAGGAGAGCAUUGGAUGCUGGACGUGUCAUCCACACCCAGCAGCUGGGGCUGCCCUGGGAGGAACCCCACCACUGGCUCCUGCAGGUCAGCCCCCUCGGGCACCACAAGGAGAAGAGGAUGGAGACCAAGCUGCCUGCAGAACUGGCAGGUGAGGUUCUUGGCACCCUUGGACAGGAGGUGGAAGGGAGAGAGAAGGAGCAGGAAGGAGUGAGCCGUGGAGGAGGAAAAGAAAACACAGCAGAGGUGGAGGACAGAGCCACACCUCUGCAAAGGGUCUCCAAGAAGACUGCCAGGAGGAUCCUGGAGCUCCUGAGCGAUGAGUCGCCCCUCAGGAUCGACAGUGGGGAUGAGCUCUAUAAGCUGAUGGACCUUUUCCUGAAGCACAAAGCCCAGGAGGUGGCUCUCAGCCAGAGCCAGGGCACUGCUGGUGGAGGGGGCAACACAGACCCACCUGAGGACAAAGGGGAUGGUAGAUCUGGUGGAUCUGGUGGUUCUAGUGCCCAGGAGGACAAGCCCAAAGCCUCUCAGAGCUCACUGGGCUCCCUUCCACCUCUGUACAUCCCUGCUGAUGAUGUCCCAAAGGUGCUGAAAGCCUUCCUGCAGGAUUUGGGCAAGCUGAGGGUGCAGGACAGAUCAGCCAAGGAGGUGCUGCUGGCACAGGACAGCUCCAAGGACUGGGAGUACUGGGCAGCCCUGACCCGUGUGAUCCCUGAGCCCACCCUGAGGCUGUGGGAUGCUCUGGCAGCAGCACUGGAGGGAUACCACAAGAUCCUCAUGCACAGGUCCAAGCUCCUCACUGAAGCCACCACCCUGCAGCAGCAGAACCUGGAGCUGUGCCUGCUGCUGGAGCAACACCUCAGCUCCAGGUAG